AUGGUGAGCAAUCAAUUCGCGACAAAGAUCACUGCUGCGGUCAGCUUUUUCACGGUGGUCAUUUUUUUGGCCUUAAUAGGCGCGACCUCAUGGACUACUGCCCGAAGCAGUUGCAUUCGUAAAAAAACAUUGAGGAAGCUGCGAAGUCGCGAGAUGAGGCAAUUUGCUAGCGUUAUCAUUUACGCAGUCAUCGUGAACCUGUUGAACAUUCCUUCGAUUGUUGUAGCUGUUGCAUCCAUUGUUAUUAGUAGCAAUCCAGAGCUCGAAAAUAUCACGAUGGUUCUUGAUGAAAUGCGCACCUAUCAGGUUAUGGGUAUUGAGAUCAUUCUUGGGAAAGAAAAAAGUCCGGGGCGGGGAAAGUCUGGAUCGAAACUUGCGGUCGAGGACCUCGAAAAUGUGUUGCUAUACCCUUUCAGUUUCUCUAUCGCCUUGAUCGUAGUCGUGCUCGAAUCCGAUGCAGCUGUAUUAUCAGUGAAUGCGAACGUUUCCUAUACGGAUCAAACAAUCGUCAACGGAAGUGUGAUCUGCAUCAUUCGAGUAAGUUCUGCUGAAAGCCGUGGUUAUAAAGUGACAGACGGAAAUUUAACCGUGAAUGGCAUGCCAAAAGGAAAACUGAGUGUAAUAGAUGGCGAAGAAUUACUGGCGUAUCAGACGGCUGUCAGUAAAUGGACAGAUGAAAUUUCCAUGAACGUAUCAGAGGCUCUCACAACUCACUCUACUGUUUUCGCAACAACCGAACAACGUCUCGAAGCUCUCAGUGAAUCAUCAAAUAUGCCGCAAAAUGAAAAUGAUCACGAGCACAGUGACGAUGAAAGUGACAAUAGCGAAGCGAAUGAAACCGGCUCCAGUGAUCAAAAGAUGCAAAUGCCACCUAUACCGUCAUUCUGUAAACCGUAA